AUGUCCGUUUACGAGGUUAAGUACAAUACAUCUGCUUCUGACCCAUGGGCACCUUUUAACGAAGCAAUCAAAAGAAGGCAAGAGAACCCUGAAUCAUUCAACGGUCAAGAACAAGUUCCAUGGCCAUGGAUAGAUGAAUCGGAAAAUGAAAACGUCCAAAUAGUGUUUGAGCAACAGGGAUCAUUAGCCGAUGAAAAUCAAGGCAAUCAGACUACACAGGAAGAAUUCAGUGGGCAAGGAAAUGCAUCCGAUUCUGAGGACUGCGAAAACCGCGAAUCUGAGUCAGACAGCUCCAGGUACGACGACUCUGACACUGAUGAGUCCGAAUACGAGGAAUACGAUGGACCAGACGAUUACAUUACUGAUGUUUUCGACAUCACCAACGUCAAUCCUGCCGUUGAAGACGCUAUCGCUUAUUACAACAAAACGGGCGCUAACCGCCGCACUCUUGAGCAUAAAAAAGAGCUGGCGGCUAUUAUCAAUAAACAAAGAGAAGACUACUACUCUCCACCUUCGAAUGAUGAUACUACAGCAUCGAAUGAUUCUGAUUCUUCGCAGGAGCUACCUGUGUUUCCAUUACCACCUUACAAUCCUUUGUUUGAUGAUAUCAGGCAGAAGCGUUCUGAAAGGAGGCUCCAAUUUGGAACAACUAGGGUAAUACGAUUCAAGAGGAGUGAUAUUGUUGCUAAGGAUGGUUCAACGGUUCCAAAAGAUAAAUUGCCAGGCAAAUCAAUUCUAAAGAAUGAGAAAGAUCAGUUUGUGACACCCAAUCAUGAUUUCGAAUUGGUGGGCGAAAGCAAACUUUUUACAGCUAUUGGAAGGCUAUACAAUCUAUGUGACAUGCCUUUGGAGUUUCUAAACAAGAAUGCGCCGGUUCAUUCAACUGAAAAUUUGGCCGCCGGUUUUGCAAAUGCAUUCAAGACUCAGCAACUUUGCUGGAAGCGUAUGAGCGAGGAAGCAGUCCGCGUUAGAGUUGAAGCACUAAAGAAGCGUAAAACGGAAAUAGAAGCGCUCAAGCUUGAGAAAGACGCUCUAAAUGUGGAGGUUGCUGAGCUCAGACAAAUGUUGCGGGAAAAAGAGAUUAACUUGGAGGAUGUGGUAAGGAAAAGCCGCAUUGAUCUAAGUUUAGCAGAAGAGAAGAAGCAGGAUCUGAAACAAGCCAUUGUCCAAAUGGAAGCAAUAAAACUGGACUUGCUACAAGUUAGGUCAAUGGCGGAUGAGCUGCAGGUUGAGAAUGACGCUUUGAGGAAGGAACUCAAGAGCUGUCAAAAUAAUCUGCAGGAACAGAAAGAAGUCAGUAAGCCUCUUCUCAUAAAGAUCAAAGAACUGGAGGCAAGAGUACUAAAGGAACAAAAGUACACGGUUGACAGUCAGCAAAAGCUAGCGUUCUUAGAGCGCUACAGGAGGGAAAGUUUCGUGUUGCAAAAAAAAAUUGAAGACCUCGAGGAAUCCAACAGGAAGCUUGUUAGUGAAAGUGGAAAGCUUCAGGAGGUAAAUGAUGAUUUGCUUCGCCAAAGCAACCUCUUGAAGAAUUCCCUAACACUUACUGUUGAGAACUUGAAGACGUCAAACAAAAGAGAAGCCGAACUCGCAAAGGCAAACAAAAAUCUGGUCAAACAGCUAGAUGAGUCCAAUGCGAAUGUCAGGCGCCUUGUCGACACGAAUACUGCUUAUAAGGCAAAAUUCCACUUGAAGUACCAAGAGUUCGAAAAAAGGUACGCUCAAGCGUGGGCGGACUGCAAUAAUAGACGCAAAGAAAUCGAGAAAACCAAACUCGAGAUGGAGAAAAUGGGUGGGACCCUGAGAGAAACGAGAAAAGAGAUGGCCAGGAAAAGGGGGCAUAAUACAGUCAGUAUUUGUAGCGCAAACAUGGUAGUACACGAACCGCCCAUUGACGUGUCAACAGCCCAAAGUUCUCACGUCAAGAGGCGGCAUCGAAUAUUCCAGUCGCUCACAAAUAGAUUUUAUUCUUCCCCUGUGAUUAACGCUGGAGAAGUUUAA